UCCUCCUCAGGGGGGUUGUGUCUCUCCUACCUCCCGUCCUCUCCUCUCAUUCACGCUGCUGCUUAACAAAGGAGACAAAAACAGAGGAUGAUGGUUCCUCAGACAACAAGCCUGUCAGAGAAACAAUAAGAAACUAAAUCACUGGCUUGGAUUAUUGUCGACAUUAUCUAUAAAGUGAACAUUUAACGGCGUGUUUUCUGAGUUUAAAGAGCGGAGAGGUAGCUGCACCCUGGAGCGGGUUUAACUCAGAGACCCUUUCCGAGCUCACUAUGUUGGACUAGAAGCGAAACACCCAGACAUGUCUGAGUAAAAUGGUGUUGAUGAUAUGCUCACACUGACCUUUUCCUGUCCUGACCUCUGAUUGGUCAGGGCUGGCAGUGAACGCACCAAAAUAAAAGACUCCAGCCAACAUGUCUGUUCAGGAAGCACCUCAGCGACCCCUGUCUCCUUUGCCCCUCAAACCUGAGCCCAAACCCAGACCAGAGAUCCCCCCAAAACCAUCGACUCACCCCGACUCCCCUCCUCAGGGAGACAGGAGCAGCAGUACCAGCCUCUCAGGAGGCAAAGUCAGGAGGAUUGUGGACAAGUUUACCAAAAGAGAAUCUCUUGAACUGGAGGAAAAUCCCACCAAUGGUGCGGUGGAAGUUCAGUCAUGUCGGCGGUUCAAAAGGCCGCCGACGAUAAAGCCCAAACCAAAUCGGGCCAGCCUGCAGCUUCAGCUUGGAAGAGAGCAGGCGCCUCCGCUGCCUUUGAAGAGAAGCCGCUUCCCACCUAAGAAGAAAGAGAGCGUGGGAGGAGAAGAGGGGGACAGCAUCACCGUGGAAGGAGGAAGAUCAGAUCCUGAUGGAAGAGAAGUGGAGGUUCAGACAAUAGCAGGAGGUGAAGCAGAGGUGGAGCUCAGUCCAAGCACGCCUCUCAGCCCCUCCUGUGACCCGGGCUGCACCUGCGUGUGUCACCUCCAGUGGCCAGGCAUGAAACUAGUAUGGGUGCCUGUGGACGCUGUGGAGGGUGAAGAAGUUGGAGAUGAGGAGGAGAUAGAUGAGGAGGAACUCAGGGACGAGGAGUGGGUGGAGGAGGUAGAAGAGGAGGUAGAGGAGGAGGAGGAGGAGGGGGAAGAGAGGGGAGGGGAAGGGGAUGAGGUGGACAGGACUUCUGUGGUUGAAGAGAGCGAACUUUUGAAACAGGACAAAGUAAAAUUUCAUCAUUCUUUGGGGGUUUUGUUGGCGGAUGGUCACAGGAGGCGAUCAGACCCGGGCCCUCACUCUGUUCUGGCCUCACUUUCUGUCACUCGCUCUCAGUCUCCUCCUGUACCUCCAAAACAGACACAGUCCACCCACCAUAGACCCCUACUUGAAGAAGAAGAGAGUAUUUACGAGGCCACUCUGCCUGUGGUCGAACCCCCUCCAAGAAAGACUCCUCCUGCGUGCAAAGAGCUGGACAUCCCGCUCAUUACAGUAAGAAAACCAGCCCGUCGCUCCAAGCUGUCCUACAGCACCUCAGACCCCACGUCAGAGUUUCAGAACGACAUGGAACCUGCCUUGAGCCCGGACGACCUGCCGCCUGCCAUCCCGCCCAGGAUGCCUCUGAAUCAGGACAGCCGCAGCCUCACGCCUGUUCAUCGUGCAGGCAUCCCUCUCCCCCAGCCCACAGUGGAGGAAUGGCGCAACCUGCGGCCGUCAUCCCCCAGCAGCUCCACCGGCAGCGGCCUGAGCCCCCAUCGAGCCAUCACUCCACCUCCAGCCAGCCCUCACAGAGCACCGCCUCCCCCGCCUAAGACAGACCCGAGGAGGCUGAGCAGCGCCUCGCUGCAGUCGCUCACACAGAAGAAAGAAGGAGGAGAGAACGGAGAUAAUGAGGACACAGCCGAAGAAAUACCCCUCGGCAGAAGAGGGUCUUUCAGCUGGGAGUCUCGGCUGCAGGAUGAGCCUCUGUACCAGACGUACCGCGCCACCGUCAUCACCAAGGAGAUCCGACGCCAGACGGUUUGCCGUAACAUCAGUAAAACCAGCGCGGACUAUGCUAUGGACUGGACAGCCCGUCGCUCCGGGGCUAGCACUGGUCCUGGCACUGGUACAGGGACUGGAACUGGAACUGGAAACGGAACACUCAGGAGCAGCCCUGUGCCCACACCGUGUCAGAGCACCCUAUGGCAAGACCUCCAGAAUAUCCGGGACAGCGGAGUGCUGGAGCAGCUCACCCCUGAGCAGUGCAAGUACCAGGAGAGUAUGUUUGAGGUUUUGACAUCAGAGACCUCUUACCUCCGAUCCCUGCGAGUUCUGACCGAACACUUCCUGGACAGCCGAGACCUGGAAGACACGAUGAUCAUCAGAGAGAAGAAAACCCUCUUCUCUAACAUCCUGCGGGUCAGGGAGGUCAGCGAGAGGUUCUUGAUAGACCUGGAGGAACGCAUUUUCAAGGAGCUGGUCUUCGCUGAUAUCUGUGACAUUAUCCACUAUCACGCCCAGCACAACUUCCCUGCCUACAUCGACUACGUCCGCAACCAGAUCUACCAGGAGAAGACCUACACAUUGCUAAUGAAAAACAACGUGCAGUUUGCUUCGGUCAUCACUCGUCUCCAGGAGUCGCCUCAGUGCCAGCGGCUUCCCUUCAUGUCCUUUUUGCUGCUGCCUUUCCAGCGAAUAACUCGCAUCAAGAUGCUCAUUGAGAACAUCCUGAAGAGAACAAAGGAGAGGACCAACGAGGAGCAGACGGCUUCCAAGGCUUUGGCCUCAGUGUCGAAGAUCAUCGAUGAGUGUAACACACAGGUUGGAAAGAUGAGGCAGAUGGAGGAGCUGAUCCACGUCUCUCAAACACUGGAGUUUGACAAGCUCAAGAAAGUCCCGCUCAUCUCCCAGACUCGAUAUCUGGAGAAAAAAGGAGAGCUGCAGGAAAUGUCUAAAGGAGCGACUCUCUUCAACAUGAGAGGAAAGUUCACACCCAUCUACCUCUUCCUCUUCAACGAUCUGCUCAUGAUCACCGCCAAGAAAGGAGCGGAGCGUUUCGUGGUAGUCGACCACGCCCACCGCUCUCUGGUGCAGGUGCAGCCAGUAGAAGAAAGUGGGAGCUGCGGCCCCCUGGAGCACUGCUUCAACCUCACACUGCUGGAAAACCACCAGGGACGCAUGAUGGAGAGGCUGAUCAAAGCUCCAUCUCAGUCAGACAUGCACAGGUGGAUGGCAGCUUUCCCAAACCCCACCAACCCCGACAGAGACGACGAUGAAGUGAUUUACGAGGACUGGGAUUGUCCUCAGGUGCAGUGUGUGGAGCCGUAUGUUGCCCAGCAGGCAGACGAGCUCACCCUGGAGCCCACUGAGAUCAUCAACGUCAUCCGUAAAACCAACGAGGGCUGUUACGAAGGAAUCCGUCUGUCAGACGGUCAGAAGGGUUGGUUCCCCGUCAACAAUGUCAUAGAGAUCACCAACGAGCAUGUGAGGCGGAGGAACCUGCGAGAGCGCUACAGAGUCAUGCAGGCGGCAAGCAUUGUUGCAAAGGCCAACACCAACCACUAGGAUCGACGAAUCCAGGAUGUUUACACCUUUGUUUACAAGUGGACCAUGUACAAAGUUUAGUCAAGGAUGUAGGCCACUAUCAGACAAGGUACAAAACAGAAGAUUUACGAUCAGAAGACUAAAGAUCUGCUAACACCACCUUAUCUUUACUACAGGAGUGCCUAAUUGUGCACUUACUGUAAGCAGCUGGGAGUGUGAGGUAGAUCAUUAACUGACACUUAUAACCAACUUGUGCAUGUGUGUGUUAGAUAACAGUGUCUUGCAGCAUCACACCUUCAGAGAUGACCUCCUCUUUAGAGCAUGUAGCCGUAUGUUAACAUAUGAAAGGCUCAGCAUUCUACGCAUUACUUUGAGACUGCAGAACUGUCAGAUCUGCUGCCAAGAAAAGAUGGAGGCGGGUCCUGCAAACACCUCUUAUGUAAUAACUGUCACAGGUGCACACAAGGGAAAUCCUAUCAUUCCUGCCGCAAUCAGUUGCAAAGGAGCCAAGAAUACAGGAAGUGACACGUUGAAUUGUAGAAUUACCUUGUAAGAUAAAAAAAAAACACCAACUGAAAUUCAAGUGUUCACAUUUUCUCAUGAAUUUAUCUCACAACAAGACAAAUCUAAUCAGGAAGUGCCUUUUAAAUAAAGUCAAAACACAAUGAAUAUUUAAGACUUCCAUUAAGAUCACAGAGACUUUGAAAGUGCAUGGAAAUCUAAGCUAACCUGUAUUGCCGUUACAGUUUUGUGCUGUCCACUAGCUUGUGCCAUUUUGGAAUAAAUCUGUAGUGCCCCCUGCUGCUGCUUGUUGUCAUGGAAGAUGGGGUAUUUGUGGAUCAUGCUGAAAAUGUAUAUUACAAUGUAAAUACUGAGUCCCCACUCCCUCCAAACAGUGAUGGUGCUUUUAAUAAAAAAUGACUCUUUUUAG